AUGGUCCAAUUCUCUCUCACCUCGGCCAUUCUGCUGGCCAGCAGUCUCGUCUCGAGCACCCUUGCAGCCAAUACCAACGGCUGCGGCGGCGUCAACGCCACCCUGACUUCGGGCGUGCACAAGAUCAAGGUCAAUGGCGUCGACAGGCAGUACACCCUCAAGCUUCCCGAUGGAUACGACGGCAAGACGCCCAAGAAGCUCAUCUUUGGGUGGCACUGGCGCUUCAGCCGCAUGGAAGACGUUGUCACCGGCGUGAGCAUCCAGCCGUGGUAUGGCCUCGAGUCCCGCGCCAAGGGCUCCGCCAUCUUUGUGGCCCCCGACGGCAUUGACAAGGGAUGGUCCAACGACAACGGCCGCGACAUCGCAUUCCUCGACGCCAUGAUCAAGGAGCUCGAUGCCGGCCUGUGCAUCGACACCGAGCAGCGCUUCAGCGUGGGCUACUCGUACGGCGCCGCCAUGACCUUUGCCGUUGCCUGCGCCCGAGCCAAGCAGUUCCGUGCCGUGAGCAUCAUCAAUGGAGGACUGGUCAGCGGCUGCGACGGCGGUAACGACCCGGUCAACUUCCUCCAGUUCCGAGGAACCGAAGACGGUGUCUUCCCCUUGGAUAAGCAGGUCGAGCUCAAGGACAAGUUCGUCAAGGCCAACGGCUGCCAGGCAAAGGACCUCGCAGUGCCCGUCAGCCCCAGCCAGAGUGCAACGACGGACUUUACCUGCACCAAGAAGAAGCUUUCAUUCGUCACCUUUGUUGGCGGUCACGUCGGCGCACCCCUCGGAGAGAAUAACCCGCUUGGUCCGGAUACCACCUGGGACUUCUUCACCAAGGCCACUUAA